GGACCCAUAUUAAAACUGACGUCAAAUGGACUUGUAGCAGUUCCUUCUCGCAGAAUGGAAGUAGCCGUGGAAGUGAAACGGAUUAAACUCGCUUAAUCUUGGCAGGAUAUUGAACUUUCCUUCGCUUUUUUCAAGCCCCCUUUUAUGUGCUGGUGAGAUAGUUAUUAAAACGAAGCCUGGCUUUGCGGCUGCUCCUCUGCUAGUGCCCCCCGUAUGGAGGAUGAGGAGGAUGAUGUGUUUGAGCCAGAUCCCAACUGCUGGCGCACACCCUUCAGGGAGAUAAAGUGCGAAGACCGGGGCACGCAGACGCACGGUCCUGGCCAGGCACUACACAACAGCAUGCUGCCCUGUGGUGUUGUGGAGGAGCCCAGACGACUAUUCUACGGUAACGCAGGUUUUCGAUUGCACUUCCCAGCGCAUUUUGAACUUGUCGGGGAUUUUGACGCGAGGCAACAAGAGGAGCAGAACAGGAUGGAGCAGUUACCCCUGCACCAGCCGGCUGCACUCAGCUUGGAGGCCUCCAUCGGGCAGAAACUUCAGCUGAUAGGCGACCAGUUUCACCGGGAACACUUACAACAGUAUCAACAAAACCAAAGGAAUCAGGGGCCGCUGUGGUGGCGCAUGACUGCAGCUCUUCUCAGCCUCCUGUUUGAUAGGGGGUUUAUUGCUGGAGGAGGUGGAGCAGGACAGAGGUGAGGGGGAACUUCCUCUUAUAUCCUUUGUCUUCAUCUCUGUUUUGACGAACUGGACUCCUGAAGGCACUGUCCAAUCUAACACGGGUCUGUUUGAGGGAGGAAAGAAAGGAGGGAAAAUAGUCACCGCGGGACGGCGACAACCAAAUUUUAUACAAGGGCGUGUGUUUUUUUUCUUUAAAAGAAGAUGCCAUGAUGCUCCGGAAUUCAUCUAAAGGACAAUGUUUAUAUUUAGGCCUACAUGUCAUGUAGUCGUCUUGUACAGUACAUUGUUCGUUUUUUUUUUUUUUUGUGCACUUCAAUAUGUGUCCUUCUUAAAAGACCUGACCUCCACAGACCUUAGGAAUGCCUUAGUCAGUGUCUUCUGCCAGAAGGAGAAUUGAGUGUUUUUUUUUUUUUGACAAGCAAGAUGAGAUGGUUAAGGAAAUGAAAGGAAAUGUGGUGUGACGGUUUCUUUUCUGAUGUCCCCCAGGAGACCAGUCAAGUUAAUUUACUCACUUCCAAAGAGACCACUUCCCAGAACAAAGCAUUUUGCACCUCACCUCAAUGGAACAUUUAUCUAUUUAUCUUUUCUAUGUAUUUUUCUCUUAUUUUCUUUGGUGUCAAUUUUAACCCGUCAUAUCUUUUAGGAUUUCACGAAUAAGGUAAACGUUCUGUACAUAAAAAAGUUGGCACACUGUGAAUUGUUAUCAAAGUUUAGUUGUGCGCUACAUGUCAAACAUUUGGGACUUUUUCAACUAUAUAAGAGGUGAAGUUCGCUGUUCUGAACAACACUACCUGAUCAAAUGGGCCUGGUUGGUGCCAGCAGACCUGAUAAACUUCAAAAAAGACUUUAGAUAAAUAUCAGACCUUGUGCAGAUGACUCCACUUUUAUGACUAAAGAACUGACUAGAUAAUUUAGCUUUAAAUACAGUUCUGUAGUGGUUAGUUAACAUGGAAAUCAUUUACGUAUUUUAGGAUCUUGUUUUGCUGUCGCCCUGGUCAAGUCCCUCCUUCGUUAUGCCCAAUUUCCGUGAUGAACGUUAUUCUGAAAAACUUCUCAGGAUCGUGAAAGGUUACUUAUUAAAAAAAAUUAUAUUUCCCAUUGACUGGACAUUUAGUUACACAAUUGAAAACUUGUUUGGUUACAACUGACAUAAUGGGUACUGAUGAUGCCCACCAGGCCUUGCCCACUCUAGACGAAGAGCAGGAUCGCCCAAAUAGAAAAACCUGCAAUUUGACAUGAAAGUUAAUGAAUAGACGGUCGUCUGUCUGAUUAAUAGAAAUGUUAUAUCUUGUAGCUGUACUAACAGCUAAGGGAUGUCUGAGAUGUAGCACACUGAGUAGAUAUUUACAUUAAAAUCAUAGGGUGUUGACAUGUAUAUAAAAAAACUAUUAAGGUCUUGCACCAUGCACUAAAUUAGAGCAAAUGAAUCAAGCACACUGUCACACUGUUUAAAAGUUUACUUUUUUAAGUUUCAUUUCACCAAAUAUACAGUUUUUUUUUUAGCAUAGCCUUAUUCCUAGGAUUUUCUCUUCAUUUUAUGUGUUCUUUUUAUGUGAUUGUUUUCAGACCUCCAUGCCCUUUAAGUGGAGCUGUGGAUCCACUGUUUUUGCACUAGACUUCCACCCGUUUAAGAGUUCAGAUUGUUUCCGAGCUAACCUCUUUCUCGUAUGAAGGUUUUUCAGUCCCAGCUUGUUUCCACCACAUUUCAGAUGUAUUCACUUAUAUGGCCAAGACAAAUAAUCAGUAUUGAGAACCGACUGACUGAGCACAAUGUGCAUUUAGCAUCAGUUCUGGAAAUUUCACUCACUAGUGUUUCAGGAUUUCAGUUGAGUGAGAGCAACUUUUUUGCAGAAGACCAACUUUGAACACCAAGUUAAUAUGGCAUAAACAGUCUGUGAAACAGAAUCCCCUCCUCUCAGGAUACCCUUGUGUGGUUUCACAUCAUUUGAUAUUCUGUUGGGUGAUCUUACAUUGUCUGUGGUACUCAGAUUUAGAUUUGGAACGUGGGUACACACAUAACCACCACUGGCUCACCAGACAAACAAAUAAACAGAAGUGAAAAAGACUGUAAUUACUGUUGAAAUAUGAAUACAUAUAAAUACACUGUUAAAGAUAUUGUUUAUGUAUUAAGGUUUUUUUUUAUUAUUAUUAUUAUUUUCAUGCUGAAUCUUUUGGACCCGAGGAGCAGUACAUAUCAGGGGUCUAUAAUUACUUGCUCCUUACUAUGUAUCAAGUUGAUCACUGCAUAAUUACUGUCUCGUUUUCUCUUUAAGAUGUCUCAGGGACAGACUUUUUGGGCUACUGGUAACCUUGAGAAUCUGUUACAUGUUUCAGAGAAAAAGAGUGUUGUCACCCAUUUAUUUAUAUUAGAACCUCUUGAGGUGUUUUCAAGUCUUCUGUAUUUUCAUUUCAUUUAGAGUUCCUGUAGUCUAAUUUCCAGCACACACACAUAGGUACAGUUUGAGGAGUCUGGGCUGGCAUGCUGGCGGUGGUGGUGACAGGGGCUCCUGAGUUUGCAGUCAGAGGAGAGAGAGGUGCACUAAGUGUGGUUGUGGUAAUAGUUUCCUGCAGAUCCUGAACACUGAGCCAGUCCCUGUAGCACCUCGUCGCACGAUCAGGUCUUGACUUCCUCCUCAUGCAGCUCCUGCAUGGCAUGUUUUUUUUUCAGUGGUUCAUUUAAUUUGUAAUUUAUUUUUUCUUCCUUUUUAAUUUAUUUUUGGUAUGUUUUACCAAUUUCUACUGUAUACACUUGUGUGUGCAAUCACCUCUUCCUCUUUCUGCUUUGAUCUUGGACUCAUAAAUGGUUCAGCUUAAGAAUAAUUGUGCCUGAUUUUUGGGGGAUUUUUAUUGUAUCACUCAUUUCUCACAGCCUGUAAAAAAACAGCGCUCUGAGUUUGUCAUAGAACAGAGUGCACAUUGUCUUCUACUUUUCACUUACAGCCAGAACAGAAGUUAAUAAAUAUGUAUUGUAUGUUGUUGCCAAUAUGAAGAGGAAAACUACAAUCCACCUUUUAAGCCCGUAUGAAUGUGUGACACUUAAACGAUGAAUAUGAUUAUUGGUGAAGUAAACUCAAAAUUUUCAAUUUGUUUAAAACGUUUAUGAUUUUUUUGGGUCCAGAAGUUUCAAUGCAGUUCAACUUAUCUCAUGUAUAAUUAGUCAUCAUACAUCAUGCCCAUUGCUAAUGAUACCGAGGAUAUUGAGAGAGCAUAGAAAUGAAAAGGUUUCCUAUUUACACAAAUCACAGAAUGUUUGUUCCUUAAUCCCAAUCAUUGUGUUGUAAUCAGUAUGCACUGGAAAGUACUUUGUUUCUGUAAAUCCCAGAAGUAUUUUAAUGUAUAGUAUAAACUCUGGAUUGUUUUCAUAGGCUAAUCUGGCCAUAUGUCAGCUGUAUCUCUGUGCAUUAUUUGGACAAGAAGGUUCAGGUUUAAUAGCCUGUUGAUUUAUUGAAUAGGGAAACAAGCCACCAUGGUGUCCUUAUAUUUUUUAAGUGGAAGUUUCCUAAAUUGUGCUCACAGCAAUUUGUGAUUGCUGAGGUCCAAGACUUGGACAGGUACUUUUUGGAAACCAUCAGUGUCUUGAAUUUUGUUUUCCACUUUUACGUUUAUAUUGGAAUUUGUGUUUUUGGAAGAAGAUUUAGCCUGUUUUGUACCAUAACAUUUAUUCUUUGAGGUCUUUCUUAACUUUUAAAAUUGUAUUUUCUUAAGAAAAAGUGUCUUUUUUUGUAAGGACAGUUCAUUCUUGUAAGACUUUUUUAAGACAAGCAAGAUCAUUUUAAAGUCAAUGAGAUCGAAAUCAUUUGUUUUUAAUAAAAAUGAAUUCUGAACAUUCCUUGCACAUCUUACUAUAGCGUAAUGAACUUGGGCCAAACAUUAUACGGUUUGAUUGACUUAACUCAUGAGCUCGUUGCUAUAAAAUGUUUGCCCUUCUUUACAGAACAGAUAGCUGACCAUGUAUUUCUAAAAACCCUGGAAUAUGCCUUUAACUGCUCGAUUUCAAUGAAGUCUUGAUUAUCACACACUCUCUGUAUACCAAGAAAUGAGACCCAGCGAAAAUGUAGCAUUUUUGUAAACAUUGACUGUGUGUUUUCGAGACUCUACUGUGCACUCUUUUUAUCUUGUGUUUAUAUGUAUUUUUUCUGGUUGUUAAUAUUCAUAUGGAAGUAAAGACAAUUUGCUAUGUAGUGCAAUAUGCUGUAUAUACAGAGUUUUGCUCUACAAAUGUUUUUUUCUGGAUUUCUUGUUGUUUAUUGGUACUUUUUUUCAAUAAAAUAUUAUGGAAGUUA